AUGGCACCUCGUAAUACACCACCUACAGCAACAUUGACACCUCACACAAUAUCACCUACAGCAAUCCUGGCACCUCGUAAUACACCACCUACAGCAACCUUGACACCUCAAACAAUAUCACCUUCAGCAAUCCUGGCACCUCGUAAUACACCACCUACAGCAACCUUGACACCUCACACAAUAUCACCUACAGUAAUCCUAGCACCUCGUAAUACACCACCUACAGCAACCUUGACACCUCACACAAUAUCACCUACAGCAAUCCUGGCACCUCGUAAGACACCACCUACAGCAACCUUGACACCUCAAACAAUAUCACCUACAGCAAUCCUGGCACAUCGUAAUACACCACCUACAGCAACCUUGACACCUCACACAAUAUCACCUACAGCAAUCCUAGCACCUCGUAAUACAUCACCUAUAGCAACCUUGACACCUCACACAAUAUCACCUAUAGCAAUCCUAGCACCUCGUAAUACAUCACCUACUGCAACCAUGACACCUCAAACAAUAUCACCUACAGCAAUCCUGGCACCUCGUAAUACACCACUUACAGCAACCUUGACACCUCACACAAUAUCACUUACAGCAAUGCUGGCACCUCGUGAUACACCACCUACAGCAACAUUGACACCUCAAACAAUAUCACCUACAGCAAUCCUGGUACCUCGUAUUACACCACCUACAGCAACCUUGACACCUCACACAAUAUCACCCACAGCAAUCCCGGUACCUCGUAAUACACCACCUACAGCAACCUUGACACCUCACACAAUAUCACCUACAGCAAUCCCGGCACCUCGUUAUACAUCACCUACAGCAACAUUGACACCUCACACAAUAUCACCUGCAGCAAUCCUGGCACCUCGUAAUACACCACCUACAGCAACCCUGACACCUCAAACAAUAUCACCUACAGCAAUUCUGGCACCUCGUAAUACACCACCUACAGCAACCUUGACACCUCACACAAUAUCACCUACAGCAAUCAAGGCUCCUCGUAAUACACCACCUACAGCAACCUUGACACCUCACACAAUAUCACCUACAGCAAUCCUGGCACCUCGUAAUACACCACCUACAGCAACCUUGACACCUCACACAAUAUCACCUACAGCAAUCCUGGCACCUCGUAAUACACCACCUACAGCAACCUUGACACCUCAAACAAUAUCACCUACAGCAAUCCUGGCACCUCGUAAUACACCACCUACAGCAACCUUGACACCUCACACAAUAUCACCUACAGCAAUCCUGGCACCUCGUAAUACACCACCUACAGCAACCUUGACACCUCAAACAAUAUCACCUACAGCAAUCCUGGAACCUCGUAAUACAUCAACUACAACAACCUUGACACCUCACAAAAUAUCACCUACAGCAAUCCUGGCACCUCGUAAUACACAACUUACAGCAACCUUGAAACCUCAAACAAUAUCACCUACAGCAAUCCUAGCACGUCGUAAUACACCACCUACAGCAACCUUGACACCUCACACAAUAUCACCUACAGCAAUCCUGGCACCUGGUAAUACAACACCUACAGCAACCUUGACACCUCACACAAUAUCACCUACAGCAAUCCUGGCACCUCGUAAUACACCACUUACAGCAACCUUGACACCUCACACAAUAUCACCUACAGCAAUCCCGGUACCUCGUAAUACACCACCUACAGCAACCUCGACACCUCAAACAAUAUCACCUACAGCAAUCCUGGCACCUCGUAAUACACCACUUACAGCAACCUUGACACCUCACACAAUAUCACCUACAGCAAUCCUGGCACCUCGUAAUACACCACCUACAGCAACCUUGACACCUCAAACAAUAUCACCUACAGCAAUCCUGGCACCUCCUAAUACACCACCUACAACAACCUUGACACCUCACAAAAUAUCACCUACAGCAAUCCGGGCACCUCGUAAUACACCACCUACAGCAACCUUGACACCUCAAACAAUAUCACCUACAGCAAUCCUCGCACCUCCAAUCCUGGCACCUCGUAAUACACCACCAAGAGCAACCUUGACACCUCACACAAUAUCACCUACAGCAAUCCGGGCACCUCGUAAUACACCACCUACAGCAACCUUGACACCUCACACAAUAACACCUACAGCAAUACGGGCACCUCGUAAUACACCACAUACAGCAACCUUGACACCUCACACAGUAAUACCUACAGCAAUCCUGGCACAUCGUAAUACACCACCUACAGCAACAUUGACACCUCAAACAAUAUUACCUGCAGCAAUCCUGGAACCUCGUAAUACAUCACCUACUGCAACCAUGACACCUCAAACAAUAUCACCUACAGCAAUCCUGGCACCUCGUAAUACACCACUUACAGCAACCUUGACACCUCACACAAUAUCACUUACAGCAAUGCUGGCACCUCGUGAUACACCACCUACAGCAACAUUGACACCUCAAACAAUAUCACCUACAGCAAUCCUGGUACCUCGUAUUACACCACCUAGAGCAACCUUGACACCUCACACAAUAUCACCUACAGUAAUCCUGGCACCUCGUAAUACACCACCUACAGCAACCUUGACACCUCAAACAAUAUCACCUACAGCAAUCCUGGCACCUCCAAUCCUGGCACCUCGUAAUACACCACCUAGAGCAACCUUGACACCUCACACAAUAUCACCUACAGCAAUCCGGGCACCUCGUAAUACACCACCUACAGCAACCUUGACACCUCACACAAUAACACCUACAGCAAUACGGGCACCUCGUAAUACACCACAUACAGCAACCUUGACACCUCACACAGUAAUACCUACAGCAAUCCUGGCACAUCGUAAUACACCACCUACAGCAACAUUGACACCUCAAACAAUAUCACCUGCAGCAAUCCUGGAACCUCGUAAUACAUCACCUACUGCAACCAUGACACCUCAAACAAUAUCACCUACAGCAAUCCUGGCACCUCGUAAUACACCACUUACAGCAACCUUGACACCUCACACAAUAUCACUUACAGCAAUGCUGGCACCUCGUGAUACACCACCUACAGCAACAUUGACACCUCAAACAAUAUCACCUACAGCAAUCCUGGUACCUCGUAUUACACCACCUACAGCAACCUUGACACCUCACACAAUAUCACCCACAGCAAUCCCGGUACUUCGUAAUACACCACCUACAGCAACCUUGACACCUCACACAAUAUCACCUACAGCAAUCCCGGCACCUCGUUAUACACCACCUACAGCAACAUUGACACCUCACACAAUAUCACCUGCAGCAAUCCUGGCACCUCGUAAUACACCACCUACAGCAACCCUGACACCUCAAACAAUAUCACCUACAGCAAUUCUGGCACCUCGUAAUACACCACCUACAGCAACCUUGACACCUCACACAAUAUCACCUACAGCAAUCAAGGCUCCUCGUAAUACACCACCUACAGCAACCUUGACACCUCACACAAUAUCACCUACAGCAAUCCUGGCACCUCGUAAUACACCACCUACAGCAACCUUGACACCUCACACAAUAUCACCUACAGCAAUCCUGGCACCUCGUAAUACACCACCUACAGCAACCUUGACACCUCAAACAAUAUCACCUACAGCAAUCCUGGCACCUCGUAAUACACCACCUAGAGCAACCUUGACACCUCACACAAUAUCACCUACAGCAAUCCUGGCACCUCGUAAUACACCACCUACAGCAACCUUGACACCUCAAACAAUAUCACCUACAGCAAUCCUGGAACCUCGUAAUACAUCAACUACAACAACCUUGACACCUCACAAAAUAUCACCUACAGCAAUCCUGGCACCUCGUAAUACACAACUUACAGCAACCUUGAAACCUCAAACAAUAUCACCUACAGCAAUCCUGGCACGUCGUAAUACACCACUUACAGCAACCUUGACACCUCACACAAUAUCACCUACAGCAAUCCUGGCACCUCGUAAUACACCACCUACAGCAACCUUGACACCUCAAACAAUAUCACCUACAGCAAUCCUGGCACCUCGUAAUACACCACCUACAACAACCUUGACACCUCACAAAAUAUCACCUACAGCAAUCCGGGCACCUCGUAAUACACCACCUAGAGCAACCUUGACACCUCAAACAAUAUCACCUACAGCAAUCCUCGCACCUCCAACCUUGACACCUCAAACAAUAUCACCUACAGCAAUCCUGGCACCUCGUAAUACACCACCUGGAGCAACCUUGACACCUCACACAAUAUCACUUACAGCAAUCCGGGCACCUCGUAAUACACCACCUGCAGCAACCUUGACACCUCACACAAUAUCACCUACAGCAAUCCUGGCACCUCGUAAUACACCACCUAGAGCAACCUUGACACCUCACACAAUAUCACCUACAGCAAUCCUGGCACCUCGUAAUACACCACCUACAGCAACCUUGACACCUCAAACAAUAUCACCUACAGCAAUCCUGGCACCUCGUAAUACACCACCUAGAGCAACCUUGAAACCUCACAAUAUCACCUACAGCAAUCCUGGCACCUCCAACCUUGACAACUCAAACAAUAUCACCUUAGAAACCCCGGUACCUCGUAAUACACCACCUACAGCAACCUUGACACAUCACACAAUAAUACCCGCAGCAAUCCUGGCACCUCGUAAUACACCACCUACAGCAACAUUGACACCUCAAACAAUAUCACCUGCAGCUAUCCUGGAACCUCGUAAUACAUCACCUACAACAACAUUGACACCUCAAACAAUGUCACCUAAGAAAUCCCGCAACCCUGACACCUCAAACAGUAUCACCUACAGCAACCUGGCACUUCGUAAUACACCACCUACAGCAACCCUGACACAUCACACAAUAUCACCUAGAGCAAUCAAGGCCCCUCGUAAUACACCACCUACAGCAACCUUGACACCUCAAACAAUAUCACCUACAGCAACCCUGGCGCCUCGUAAUACACCACCUACAGCAACCUUGACACCUCACACAAUAUCACCUACAGCAAUCCUGGCACCUCGUAAUACACCACCUACAGCAACCUUGACACCUCAAACAAUAUCACCUUCAGCAAUCCUGGCACCUCGUAAUACACCUACAGCAAUCCUGGCACCUCGUAAUACACCACCUACAGCAACCUUGACACCUCACACAAUACCACCUACAGCAAUCCGGGCACCUCCAACCUUGACACCUCACACAAUAUCACCUAUAGCAAUCCUGGCACCUCGUAAUACUCCCGCUACAGCAACCUUGACACCUCACACAAUAUCACCUACAGCAAUCCUGGCACCCCGUAAUACACCACCUACAGCAACCUUGACACCUCAAACAAUAUCACCUACAGCAAUCCUGGUACCUCGUAAUACAUCACCUACAGCAACCUUGACACCUCACACAAUAUCACCUACAGCAAUCCCGGUACCUCGUAAUACACCACCUACAGCAACCUUGACACCUCACACAAUAUCACAUACAGCAAUCCCGGCACCUCGUAAUACACCACCUACAGCAACCUUGACACCUCACACAAUAAUACCUAGAUCAAUCCUGGCACCUCGUAAUACACCACCUACAGCAACCCUGACACCUCAAACAGUAUCACCUAAAGCAAUCAUGGCACCUCGUAAUACACCACCUACAGCAACCCUGACACCUCACACAAUAUCACCUACAGCAAUCAAGCCCCCUCGUAAAACACCACCUACAGCAACCUUAACACCUCACACAAUAUCACCUACAGCAAUCCUGGCACCUCGUAAUAUACCACCUACAGCAACCUUGACACCUCACACAAUAUCACCUACAGCAAUCCUGGCACCUCGUAAUACACCACCUACAGCAACCUUGACACCUCAAACAAUAUCACCUACAGCAAUCCUGGCACCUCGUAAUACACCACCUAGAGCAACCUUGACACCUCACACAAUAUCACCUACAGCAUUCCGGGCACCUCGUAAUACACCACCUACAGCAACCUUGACACCUCAAACAAUAUCACCUACAGCAAUCCUGGCACCUCGUAAUACACCACCUAGAGCAACCCUGACAUCUCAAACAAUAUCACCUACAGCAAUCCGGGCACCUCGUUAUACACCACCUACAGCAACCUUGACACCUCACACAAUAUCACCUACAGCAAUCCGGACACCUCAUAAUACACCACCUACAGCAACCUUGACACCUCAAACAAUAUCACCUACAGCAAUCCUGGCAUCUCGUAAUACACCACCUACAGCAACCUUGACACCUCAAACAAUAACACCUACAGGAAUCCUGGCACCUCGUAAUACACCACCUACAGCAACCUUGACACCUCAAACAAUAUCACCUACAGGAAUCCUGACACCUCGUAAUACACCACCUACAGCAACCUUGACACCUCACACAAUAUCGCCUACAGCAAUCCUGGCACCUCCAAUCCUGGCACCUCGUAAUACACCAUCUACAGCAACCUUGACACCUCACACAAUAUCACCUACAGCAAUCCCGGUACCUCGUAAAACACCAACUACAGCAACCUUGACACCUCACACAUUAUCACCUACAGCAAUCCCGGCACCUCGUAAUACACCACCUACAGCAACCUUGACACCUCACACAAUAUCACCUACAGCAAUCCCGGCACCUCGUAAUACACCACCUACAGCAACCUUGACACCUCACACAAUAAUACCUAGAGCAAUCCUGGCACCUCGUAAUACACCACCUACAGCAACCCUGACACCUCAAACAGUAUCACCUACAGCAAUCCUGGCACCUAGUAAUACACCACCUACAGCAACCCUGACAACUCACACUAUAUCACCUACAGCAAUCAAGCCCCCUCGUAAUACACCACCUACAGCAACCUUGACACCUCACACAAUAUCACCUACAGCAAUCCUGGCACCUCGUAAUACACCACCUACAGCAAUCUUGACACUUCACACAAUAUCACCUACAGCAAUCUUGGCACCUCGUAAUACACCACCUACUGCAACCUUGACACCUCAAACAAUAUCACCUACAGCAAUCCUGGCACCUCGUAAUACACCACCUACAGCAACCUUGACACCUCAAACAAUAUCACCUACAGCAAUCCGGGCACCUCGUAAUACACAACCUAGAGCAACCUUGACACCUCACACAAUAUCACCUACAGCAAUCCUGGCACCUCGUAAUACACCACCUAGAGCAACCUUGACACCUCACACAAUAUCACCUACAGCAAUCCGGGCACUCGUAAUACACCACCUACAGCAACCUUGA